AUGCGUUCGCUCGGGCUCAAAGGCAACAGGCGACCCUCGAGACGUCCACCCGUCGUGCUCGCUGAUUCGACGAAGAGUGCCAAAACCAGGUCGUGCAGGGUGGAGGAUGCUCUAAGCCCAGCGGCACCCGAUCCCAGCAAUCUUGCGAGCCUGUGGGCCGGACUCCACUACGUGCCGCCGCCGCCGCCGCCGCCGCCGCCGCCGAUGCAACAUCCCAUUUUGUUCGGCCUAACAAUCGCUGCGUAUCGUUAUUAUGUCCUCGCCGCCAUCGCUAUCGAGUUUACAUGA